UAAAACGCGCUCUACGCCCGCGCUUCCCUCGACCCAGCCCAACCGUCUCUCUCUCUCUCUCUCUCUCUCUGCAUUUGAAAACCUCGGGUCUGCAGUCGGGUCUGAAGAGAGAUCGGCCAUGGAAGAAGCUCCGAAUAAGCAGAUUGUCUUCAGAGACUUCAUAGUCGGGAAUCCGAAAGAGACGGACAUGGAAUUGAAGGUCGGAAAGGUCGGAUUGAAGGUUCCAGAAGGUUCUGGAGCUGUUCUUGUGAAGAAUCUCUACCUCUCUUGCGAUCCUUACAUGAGGGGGAGAAUGCGCGAGUACUACGACUCGUACAUCCCGCCUUUCGCCCCUGGUUCGGUCAUCGAGGGCUUUGGUGUGUCUAAAGUCGUUGCCUCUGAUCACCCAAAUUUUAAGGCUGGUGAUUUGGUCUCAGGCAUAACUGGGUGGGAAGAGUAUACUUUAAUUCAAAAGUUUGAUCAGUUCAGGAAAAUUCAAUCCGUGGAUAUUCCCCUUUCAUACCAUGUGGGCCUUCUCGGUAUGCCCGGCUUUACAGCUUAUGCUGGAUUUUAUGAGGUCUGCUCGCCGAAAAAGGGGGAGUAUGUUUUUGUCUCUGCAGCAUCUGGAGCAGUUGGCCAACUUGUUGGCCAGCUUGCCAAGAUAUAUGGCUGUUAUGUUGUUGGAAGUGCUGGCACAAAACAGAAGGUUAAUCUUCUGAAGAACAAGUUAGGCUUUGAUGAAGCUUUCAAUUACAAAGAGGAGCCAGACUUGGAUGCGGCCUUGAAAAGGUGUCUUCCUCAAGGCAUCGACAUCUAUUUUGAUAAUGUGGGUGGAGCCAUGCUUGACGCCGUGCUUCUAAACAUGAGAUUGCAUGGCCGGAUUGCUGUAUGUGGGAUGGUAUCACAGAAGAGCAUGUCUGGUGCGGAAGGAAUCCAUAACUUGUUCAUGCUUAUCACGAAACGCGUAAGGAUGCGAGGGUUUCUGCAGAGCGAUUAUCUGAAUCUGUUUCCACAGUUUGUGGAUCAGAUUAUCAAUUACUACAAGCAAGGGAAAAUUGUAUACAUAGAAGACAUGAAUGAAGGCCUUGAAAGUGCUCCAGCAGCCCUUGUCGGGCUAUUCUCUGGUAAAAAUGUUGGUAAGCAGGUCAUAUGUGUCUCUGCUGAUUGAGUUGCGUAUUUUUCUCUUAUCUGUAAUUGUAUCUUUAUUCAUGUCCUCCUUGAUUAUGGAGGCAUGAUUUUCCCUAAAAUUAGAAAGAAUCCUUUAGCUCUGA